GAGCAGAUAUACAGCGACCACAGAAGAAACUUUUCUCUGAACUGAGAGGCAUCUUGUAUCAUCUGAAAAUGAGAGUCAUCGGUGUUGCCCUUAUUUUGGUCCUCUGUGUGUGCAGGGGAGCUGCAGGUGUGCAGGUUGAGGUUGGAGACAGGAGCUUCCCCUUUGAGGCAGUGAAGCAGCUGAAAGAGCUGAUGGAUUUAGACGACAACAUUAGCCCUCACCUCGCUGAGACAAGCGUUGUAGCCGUUUGCGCCAACCCUCUCCUGCCACAGGUCUUUCGGCCAGUGUGUCAUGGGAAGGGAGCAGGCAUCGUUUUCUCCAAAUUAGUGUAUAUCAUCACGCCUUUGGAUCCUUGUGAAAUAUGUGCCAACCCCUCCUGCUUUGGGUGUCUGAACUGAGGCUGCCAUCUGCCAGACACACAAACACAUCAACUGAGAGCCUCUGGAGGCGUCGUCCUCCAUAGUUCUUCUACAUCUCUAUGUAUAAGGCAUCCAUGGACAUCGGCGAAACACGUCCUGUCACCCAGCAACCAAGCCCAACGGGUGCAAGGCUCAGUGGUCAUAGUACUGGAUUUUAAUAGAUACAUAAAAACCACUGAGUUAUUCAUCCUUAUUUUUUAUGUUUAAGUUUUGGUAGAUGCUGUUCAUACAUACAAAGUCCCUUCUGUCAGUAAAGACAGAUGUUCCGCAGUGUUUGAAUAUUACUUUGUUGUCUUCAACUUGCUUUCAUAUUGAACUUUUAAUUUAUUGAGUCUGAUGCAGCUUCUUGAUAAUAAACAUAUGUAUUCUUUGCA